AUGAUGCUGGCGUCGGUGCUGGGAAGCGGCCCCCGGGGGGGCCCUCCCCUCCGGCCCUUCCUCGGGCCGGCACUCCUGCUCAGGGCCCUCUCCACAUCGGCCACCGACACUCACCACGCGGAGAUGGCGAGGGAGCGCUCCAAGACGGUCACCUCCUUUUACAACCAGUCCGCCAUCGACGUGGCCGCGGAGAAGCCCUCAGUCCGCCUCACUCCGACCAUGAUGCUCUACUCCGGCCGCUCUCAGGAUGGCAGCCACCUUCUGAAAAGUGCCCGGUACUUGCAGCAAGAGUUGCCAGUGAGGAUCGCUCAUCGCAUCAAGGGCUUCCGCAGCCUGCCUUUCAUCAUUGGCUGCAACCCCACCAUACUGCACGUGCACGAGCUGUACAUCCGUGCCUUCCAGAAGCUGACAGACUUCCCUCCGAUCAAGGACCAGACAGAUGAAGCCCAGUACUGCCAGCUGGUGCGGCAGCUGCUGGACGACCACAAAGAUGUGGUGACCCUCCUAGCUGAGGGCCUGCGUGAGAGCCGGAAGCACAUAGAGGACGAGAAGCUUGUUCGCUACUUCCUGGACAAGACGCUGACUUCCAGGCUCGGGAUCCGCAUGCUGGCCACGCAUCACCUGGCACUGCAUGAGGACAAGCCUGACUUUGUCGGCAUCAUCUGCACUCGCCUCUCGCCAAAGAAGAUUAUUGAAAAGUGGGUGGACUUUGCCAGACGCCUGUGUGAGCACAAGUACGGCAAUGCCCCCCGCGUCCGCAUCAAUGGCCACGUGGCUGCUCGGUUCCCCUUCAUCCCCAUGCCGCUGGACUACAUCCUGCCUGAGCUGCUCAAGAAUGCCAUGAGAGCCACGAUGGAGAGUCACCUAGACACUCCCUACAAUGUCCCAGACGUGGUUAUCACUAUCGCCAACAACGAUAUUGAUCUCGUCAUCAGGAUUUCAGACCGGGGCGGGGGAAUCGCUCACAAAGACCUGGACCGGGUCAUGGACUACCACUUCACUACGGCCGAGUCCAGCACCCAGGACCCCCGGAUCAACCCCCUGUUCGGUCACCUGGACAUGCACAGUGGCGUCCAGACAGGACCCAUGCACGGCUUUGGCUUCGGGCUGCCCACGUCGCGGGCUUACGCGGAGUACCUCGGUGGCUCCCUUCGGCUGCAGUCCCUGCAGGGCAUCGGCACGGAUGUCUACCUGCGGCUCCGUCACAUUGAUGGCCGGGAGGAAAGCUUCCGCAUCUGA